ACAACACAGCGUAAAUUCUCCUCCAUCGCCCCUCUCUCUCUCUCUAAUGGAGCUCUGUGUGCCUCCCCACCCCUGUGUUAUACGCACCAAUUCUUGUUCAUCUUCACACCUACUAAACCCUAGCCCCAGGGUUCUUCUUCCAACCACGCACCACCCACUCGUUUCAAUCAGUCGUCGAAACAUGCAGAAAUGCAGCAGCGCCUCCUCUACCAUCAAGGCCCUUGAUUCUCCCAUGGACACUGUUAGAGAUCGGAUUGUGUCGGUGAAGAGGGUUACCAAUGAAACCAAUGUGGUGGUGGAGUUGAAUCUGGAUGGUGUUGGUUCACCCAAUAGCACCACUGGGAUUCCCUUUCUUGAUCACAUGUUAGAUCAACUUGCUUCCCAUGGAUUAUUCGAUGUGCAUGUGAAGGCUGUUGGUGAUACUCACAUUGAUGACCAUCACACCAAUGAAGAUGUUGGCCUUGCCAUUGGAACGGCUUUGCUGAAUGCGCUUGGUGAUAGGAAAGGAAUUAAUCGGUUUGGUGACUUCACGGCCCCCCUUGAUGAAGCAUUGGUACAUGUUGCUCUGGAUUUGUCUGGACGGCCACACUUAAGUUAUGACUUGCAAAUUCCCACGGAGAGAGUUGGAACAUAUGACACACAGCUUGUGGAGCAUUUCUUCCAGUCAAUGGUUAAUACAUCUGGAAUGACACUUCACAUCCGGCAGCUUGCUGGGAAAAAUUCUCACCAUAUAAUUGAGGCAACAUUCAAAGCUUUCGCAAGAGCUCUUAGACAAGCGAUAGAAUACGACCCACGGCGACGUGGCACCGUCCCUAGCUCAAAAGGGGUAUUGUCGCGUUCCUGAAGGGCGUUUAAAAAGAAGCAGGGAUCAUGGACUGGAAUGGUAUUUUUUUGUCGUUUCAACAAUAUUUCUGGCAGCUUUGAUUUUGUAAAAUGGACAGAGAGAUUACUGUUGAAAUGUGCAGGAAAUUGUGACGAUGUAGUUUUUUUUAGCCCUUGUUCCAGACUAAAUAAUAAAUAAAAAUAAAAACAUUGUUGUUCAUCACAUAAAGAAUUUCAACGUGUGGUGCUACAGUGUUGAUGACGGUUGUACGCUA